AAACCUAAACGUUUUGAAGGCGGCAACGGCAGAUCCACGUGAGAAUCUUAUUCUCACUACCAUUUCUAUUAAGAGUAAUAGUUAGACUAUUGUCAACACUUUGCCGCUGUUCCGUCGUUCUUUUUUUCCCUUUCCGACGGAAAACGAGUCGAUCUAACGGCCUGUACGCCACGUUUUUAUUAAGGACGCAUUCUUACAGAUCAUAAAGCAAAACGUAAGAAAUCUAUGACAGCUGUGGGAACUAUCUCCACUAGACCUCGCGCUAUCAUAUACUAUCGUGUACUUUAAAAAAAGAGCCGAGAUCCCGGACUUCACGGACUACAGCCGGGAAGCCGUACGCGCUCAAGCCAUCAUCUCAAAGCGGGCAAUAUGCCACGAUCAAGCUUCUCGGAUAAUCCGUUGUUGCGCGUGUCACGGCCAGUAUCAGCCUGUUCCAGAUGUCGAGCCGCUAAAGUCAAGUGCGAUGGAAAACUGCCGGCAUGUACAGCCUGUGAGAAGGCCGGUCGCGAGAAUGAAUGCUCAGCCGCCAAUGACCAAUUCGCGAGAGGCAAGGAACGGAGUUAUGUCGCUGCGCUCGAGCUUCGCAUAGAGAAGUUAGAAAAGCGAUUAGCGUAUGCUCGAUCAAGAAAGGCGUCUGUUGCUCAACAUGAGUCUGAGGUGCCACCGGCACUACCUGAGCCUGACCGGAAAGAUUCACUUGCUACCAUCAAAGCCGCCAUUUAUCGUAAAGCUGCUCGAAAACGAGAGAUGUCCGAUGUUAAUUCACUGAUGUCCGAUUUUGGCUUCUUAUCAAUCAAUGCUACUACGAGAGACUUUGAACCUUCAAUGGGCAACAUGACAUUUGCACGUCUCGUACUAGCGGCGGCUUCUAAUGAUCCUCUUCCAGAUAGCUUGGACUGGGCAUUGCCUCCUAGGCAAGAUGCCAUCGCUCUUGUUCAGUAUUACAUGACCAAUAUCUAUUCACUGUUUCCUGCGUUUCCCGAAACGACGCUUUACACAAUCCUUGAUCAGAUGUAUUCGUUCCACGACCGCGUAAUAAAGGAUUCGGAGUAUUGGCUCGUGUAUAUGGUGUUAGCCAUCGGGUCCACCGCUCAGAGCCGAGUGAGGAACGAUGACUACUAUCUGAACGGACUAAACUUCGUCGCCCAGGCCUUGCGGCAUGCGGACAGGGCUUUGAUGCCAGGCUACACGACACAAAUCCAGUCUUUGAUCCUUCUCACCCAAUACUCGAUGCUUGAUCCAGCUCAUUUCGACAGCUGGCAUUUAAUCGGCUUCACUUCGAGGGCAGUGAUCGACUUAGGGUUCCAUCAGGAUCCUCCGCCCGAGCAGCUCUCGGACAAAGUGGUGCUAGACAUGAGACGGAAGACCUUUUACUGCGUGUACUCAUUAGACAGAUCCAUUAGUAUGGUUCAUGCUCGCGCUUUCUCCUUCACCGAUGCCUCCACAAAUGUUGCUUGGCCGAGACCCUCAUCUUUCAGUCGCCGAGCAUCGAUCACUGGUAAAAUCCUCUCGGGUUCCGAGCCAGCAUUUUUGCUCUUCCAGCUGCGACGCGCUCAGUCACAUUGGUACCAGGCGCUAUUCCAAGCAGAGCCAACGCCGUUGCCUGAUUCAUCAUCGUUCAUCUGGCAGAUGUGCCAAGACAUGAGAGAGUGGGCCGAAGCGCUCCCUAAUUCACUUCCGAUUGGCAUGAGGGAGUUAUUCGACCUGGAGCUGAGAUAUAGUUAUGUCUACUGCAUAGCACCGUCGGCUCGGGCUCCUCAUAUGACCGACUAUGGCCGACUGCUCAUCUUUGAACACGCCAUCGCCUACCUCGACCGCAUAUUCGAGGUCUCGCACAGUAACAUGAAAACUGCGUUCUACACGUACCACGACGCCCUACGCGUGUUCUUCAUGGCAAGCCAGUUCGUCGCCGUACUCCGCGACGCGGAGGACCUGCUCCUUGCCGGAGUCACUCCACCGCCACCUCUUGUUGAGUUUGGUAGGGCACCGCCACCGCCUCUACCACUGCGCCCCGGCGGCCCUGGAGUUGAUAAUCUGGACAGGAGCCUGGGAUGCCUGGAGAAGACUGCACGGACGCUUGCAAAGUACGGCGAGAGAUGGGAGACGUGCAUCGCGCUAAGACAAAGCUUUGAGAUGAUCUCUAGCGAACUGAUGGAUCGCCUACGGAUGAGGAAACAGAUAAAGCAACGCUCGCCACAGCCCCACCACGCCCCCGCCCCGAUGCCGAAGGAGAUGAAAUGGGUCGGCGUUGAUGUCGAAGCUAUGUUAAGAGGAAAUUCUAGUCGGUCUUAAUAGGCGAGGCGAGGUUGAUGAAUACUCGUUUAACUAAGUGAUAUUUGGCUAUUUGGGUGGAUAUAGUCCUGUCUUAUAGACGGUAUACCUAUCAUGGCUACUCUUGUGUUCAGGGCUACAUACCAUGAUUAGUGGAUUCGACACUAAACAAAGAGCGUGGAUACUUGACUGCAUGGAAAGGAGUUAGGAUGGGUCUGGGUGGCAUGGUGUCGGGUUUCGGGCAUUAUAUUUUAUAGGGGAUG